UCAAAAAUAUUUUUAAUAUUGUAACUUUCCGCAAUGUCAUGCGAUAUAUUACAAAGUAUGUAAUAAUUGUGUUUCUCAUAAAAAAAUCUAAAUUAUUUUAAACCUAGCUUUCAGGAGAACUAAACAUUAUUUUGAAGUGUGAUGUGUUUCAUUACUUUCCUGUGUUAACGUGUAACUCCUAUGUUUUUUGAAGAAAAUUCGUAGAAAGAUGCAGUGGUUUAUGGCAGUUCCUCUUCUUCUGAGUUUUGCAGCUCACGAAGUCUACAUGCGUCAAAUUUCACAUAAAUCGAUUCUUAGAAACCACCCUAGGUUUCGCAAUUUGAAUAAUCUCGCCAAAAGAUAUCUCAACCUAUUAGAUGAUAGAACAAACAAGAAUUUCAACAGUUUAGCUUCAGAAAACGAAUGGCUCAGAAACGCUAAAUACACACCGGGAAAAAGACGCUUUGGAAUGAACCUAUUAGAUGAUAGCAGCGCCAAUGCAGCUAUUUCUGGAUCAGGCUCAGAUAAUGACUGGAUAAACGGAGGCAACAGCCCAGGUAAAAGAAGUUGCUUAUACACUAUGGGCGAAAGCUGUGCCAACGGAGGAAUUCCCGGAUCAGGCUCGGACAACGCUUGGUUAAACGGUGGAGACACUAACCCUGGAAAGAGAAGCCUAAAAUUAAAAACCUUUGGUGAUAGUUCGGUCAACGGCGAAGUACCUUCUGCUGGUGCGGAUAGUGAUUGGAUGAAUGGAGACAGUACCAACCCUGGAAAACGGAUGAAUCUCUUCGAUGACAGUAGCGCUAAUGGAUUCGUUCCUGGGGCAGGUUCAGACAAUGAUUGGAUAUACGGAGGCAAUAGUCCAGGAAAAAGAAGCGUCCGAAUGAAUCUUUUAGACGACAGUAGCGCUAAUGGUGCCGCUGCUGCUGGAACAGGUUCAGAUAGUGACUGGAUAAACGGAGGAAACAGUCCGGGAAAAAGAAGCGUCCGAAUGAAUCUUUUAGACGACAGUAGCGCUAAUGGUGCAGCUGCUGCUGGAACAGGUUCAGAUAGUGACUGGAUAAACGGAGGCAACAGUCCAGGAAAAAGAAGCGUCCGAAUGAAUCUUUUAGAUGACAGUAGCGCUAAUGGUGCUGCUGCUGCUGGAACAGGUUCAGAUAGUGACUGGAUAAACGGAGGCAACAGUCCAGGAAAAAGAAGCGUCCGAAUGAAUCUUUUAGACGACAGUAGCGCUAAUGGUGCUGCUGCUGCUGGAACAGGUUCAGAUAGUGACUGGAUAAACGGAGGCAACAGUCCAGGAAAAAGAAGCGUCCGAAUGAAUCUUUUAGACGACAGUAGCGCUAAUGGUGCUGCUGCUGCUGGAACAGGUUCAGAUAGUGACUGGAUUAAUGGAGGCAAUAGUCCGGGAAAAAGGAGUUUGUUAAGAAGGUUGCAAUGUUUAUACACAAUGGGAGAAAGCUGUGCUAAUGAAGGUAUUUCCGGAGCAGGAUCUGAUAGUGAUUGGUUAAAUGGAGACACUGUUCCUGGAAAGCGGUAAUAUAAUAAAAAAAUUGUGCUUCUACAUGGACUUAGUUUACAUUUAUAUUAAUGCAUGUGUUGUACAGACUAAACUAGAUAUAAAAUAUCGGUACUGUCCUUAGUAGUAAACAAUAUUUUUUAAUAGUUUGAUCUUCACACAAUGUCCUUCAUUAGCACAACAAAAUGAUCUCGUACAAAAUGUUCAUUAAUGAUUCAAUUUUGUUACAAAUAAACUAUUUAAUUAUAA